AUGUAUUCUUUUACACUUGGAAUAGUCUUUGUUCUUACUGGAAUCUUUUUUUGGCAAUGGUUCUCGGCUCAUCCGAGCCGCAAGAAACUACCACCAGGCCCUAUGCCCUUGCCAAUCAUGGGAAGCCUCCACUUACUAGGAAACCUCCCUCAUCGAGCCCUUCACAAGCUCUCUCAAAAGUAUGGUCCUAUCAUGUCCAUCCGCCUUGGGUCUAUCCAAUUUGUCAUAGUCUCUUCCCCGGAAGCUGCCAAGCUCUUCCUCGGAACCCAUGAUGCCGUUUUUGCUUCUCGUCCUAAAAUCGAAGCGGCAAAGUACCUUUCCUAUGGCAGCAAAGGAAUGACUUUUUCGGAGUAUGGACCAUACUGGCGGAGUGUAAGAAAGUUCUGUACAGUUGAACUGCUGAGUACUACCAAAAUUAAUGGUUUUGCAUGGAUGAGAAGGGAAGAGAUUAGACUGAUGGUAGAUGAGAUGAGGAUCGCGUCAAAUAGGCGUAAGGUGGUGAAUUUAACUGAGAUAGUAGGGACGUUGAUUGAAGGCAUGACGUGUACAAUGAUCUUUGGUAAGAAAAAUGAUGAUAGGUUUAUUUUCAAGAAGCUAGUUGAUGAAAGCAUGGAAGCAACAGGUGCCUUCAACUUGGCGGAUUAUGUGCCUAUGUUAGCUCCGUUUGACCUUCAGUGGUCGGCGCUCGUCAUCUUUCCAGCCGUCGGUCGUCGUCUUUAUCAGCAUACCCACCGUCUCUACUUCUUCCUAUCUAAAACCAUCCCUGGCGCUGGUGGACAAAAUUGUGCCCAAGAUUCAUCUUUUCUUAGCUGUCGAUGGGAAUCUGGGAUAAUGGUUGAAGGUGGUGGUGGUAGUGGUUGGAAGCACCGGUUGAAGGUUGAGGUGGUGGUGUUAUUGUAA